AUGGGCGCUCCAACGGUGGCAUUGUUUGACUAUCCUAACUCUACAGACCGCGCUCUCAAAGAUGCGAUUCGUACAAAAGAAAUACGAAUCUCUGUAGUGGGCGACAAGGCAUGCGGCAAGUCAUCGCUUGCGCACAGAUGGUUAUAUGGUGUUUAUGAGAACCAAAGUCUUUGCGAAGAAAUGGAAGACAUUCAUAAUAAGAAACUUAAUUAUGACUUAUUCUCUCAGAAUGCUACGGCAGCUGGUUACAAUGCUGCUCUUGAUAGGAGAAGAAAGAGAGUUACUUCUGUGCUUGACACAGCGUUGAGUGGUACUUCUGAGGAGGAGGAAGAUGAGUUGGUUGCUCAAGUUCUGGAUAUGACGGGUGUGGACUUGAAGAACUUCUCUAGUCUUAGAAAACUUCAACUGGAGCAGUCUGAUGGCUUUAUACUGUGCUACGACUGUACUAAGGAGGAGUCCUUUAACAGCAUAGAAGAAUUUUACAACGACAUUACUGAGGUGAAAGGUGAUGGGUUCCCAGUGAUAAUCUGCUGCUGCAAGAGUGAUGAAGUAUAUCGCCAUGUUGAUAAGUCUCAGGAAAUAGAACUCUGCGACAUUCUUGGCAUGGAACCAAAAGACUCAUUUUUUGAAACCUCAGCCAAGGAGAACGUGGGGGUUGAGGAAGCAUUCUACACUCUACUGAAGAAGGUUUCAGCUAAAGUUACCAAGUCACAGGCCCGAACUGCUGAUAAGUUGCACCAUUCCGCUAGUAUCCCUGCUAAUCUAGCAACCAAAGUCGGAGGCCAAGAAAUAGACAUUAUCCUUACUCCAUCUAAAAUAUUUGCAGCCAGCGUUGAACAACUACAAACUGAAACGGUUGAGAAGGAGAACAUCGAGAUCUUCCCCUUAUCUCCGAUGCUAACAAAUAGCAGUCCCACAUGGUCACCUAACUUAGCUAAAUCCGUUCUUACUUCAGAAACAACUCUCUCUACAGAACAGACACACUUUGACUUAGCACAACUCAAAAUGCCUCCAAACACUGAUAAGGACAUUAUUCGUAAAAGCCACAGCCAGGGUCGUAUUCGCUCCAUUUUAAGAGGCAGUAAGCAGCGUCAGUGUAUUGCGUUUUUAAACAUAUUUUCUAAGAAAGACAGACCAAGAGGCGUAUAA